GCGCUCGCCCUUCAAGGGCAGCCGCUGAGGGUUUCGUGUGCCGAUUGGCUGUUACCCGGAGCGGCGGGCGGUGACUGGGCGAGCUGAACGGAGACCGACCCCAGACCCGAGCCUUUGCGCAAUUAGGGACUGUUCGUGUAGCCCAUGGCAGGAGCAGACUUGCGGGCCGAGUUGGACUCGCUGUUACUGCAGCUGCUCCGGGACCUGGAGGAGCUAGAGGCGAAGCGGGCGGCUCUGAACGCCCGGGUGGAGGAGGGCUGGUUCUCGCUCUCCAAGGCUCGUUACGCCAUGGGUGCCAAGUCGGUAGGGCCUUUGCAGUAUGCGUCCCGCAUGGAGCCCCAUUGCCGCGUCCGCACCAGCGAGACCCAAGACGGACCUGAGAAGUUGUGGGUGGUGAGAGCCGUCGGCCAGACCCCAGAGGAGGUGGGCCCGCGCGAGCCAGCUCUGCGAAGGCGAAAGGGCCUCUCCAGGACUUCCAAGCCAGAGCCCUCUGCAGCCCCUGAGGAUCCCCUGAACUGGUUCGGGAUCCUGGUUCCUCAAAGUCUGCGGCAGGCCCAAGCCAGCUUCCAGGAGGGUCUGCAGCUGGCUGCAGACAUAGCCAGCCUCCAGAUACGCAUCACCUGGUGUCGAAGCCAGUUCCAGGGACUCCAAGAGAAACUCAGGCAGCUCAAGCCUGGGGCUGACUGACCUGCAUCCAGAGAGUCAGGGCAGUGAACACAGCUGUUCUCAGAUGUGACGGCCUUAAAUCAGGCCUUCUUCCUUUACACAUUGCCCCUAUUCCACCUCAGCUAAUCGCCCGUCCUUAAAAUUCCCAUGAUCUUUAUGUUUCCAAUUUUGUUAGUUUGAAGAGGCAAACUGAGUAAUGUUGAAAGUCACUGCUUUAAAACCACUUCUAGGCCUGUGUUCUCAUGGGACAGACACUCACAUGGGGCAGAUGCAAGGCUGUUCACCUUAGUGAGGAAACAGAAACAGCCUCAUGGAUAAAUCAGCUGUGGUUUAGUUAUAAGGUGAGACACUGUACAACCCUGUCCCAGAGAAAGGCAAGAAACAGGUGCUUCGGGUUCACUAUCUGUAAAAAAAAAAAAAAAAAAAAUGAAACCCAUUGCCAUCCAGUCGUCUCUGACUCAUAGUGAUCCUAUUGGACAAAGUCGAACUGCCCCAUAGGGUUUCCAAGGAGCAGCUGGUGAAUUCGAACUGCCGACCUUUUGGUUAGCAGCCAGACGCUUAACACCUGCGCCACAGCAUUCACUCAGUCCUCAAAACUGGCUUCAGGUGAGGAAAGUGACAUAUAUGGCUGAGAGAUCAGGACAAUCGGAUACUAAGUAAACAAGCAGGCAACACCUGAGUAGAUGGGCAGCCAUUGGCAGGUUUUACGCCUUGAAGUAAAGAUCUUAGAUUUUCAAGGGAACCCUAGGAGGAAACUGAGUUUUUAAAAAUCUGCUUGCUACCGCACCAGGAGUGAGACAGAGCCUCUUUUCAUGUGUUUCUUUUUCUGGGAACUCUGUCAUUAUCCUUGGUUUGUUUUUCUACUGGUUUGUUUAUGUUGUUAGCAAUUUCUAGGAGUUUUUAUGUUUGGGGGAAAUUAGUACUUCAUUCAUAAUAUGAGAUAAAAAUAAUUUUUUCCUAGUUUGUUUUUUGACUUUGUGGUGUUUUUCAAUAUUUUUUUUAUUGUAAAAGAAAACAUUAUGGAGCAUUGUACAGGACAUUUGAAUAGCUUAAUGAAUAACUAAGGUGAACACUAAUAGCUGUCAUCCAGCUCUUGUGUUUUUUAAUUUUUUUUUUUAAUAGAGUUGAAUUAAUCAGCUGUUUUAUGAUUUUUCGAUUUGGACUGUAAUUGAUUCAGAGCCAAGCCUUUCCAGGAGACACCUGCCCUGGCUCACUUUCCUAAUCCCAGCCGAAUAGGCCACACAUUCUUCUGAAAUUGUCCUUGACAAGAUAACCAUACGAUGGCAGCUGGCCCCAACUAGUUUUAGCAGGUUUCCAACACCAUCUUAGCACUUUAAGUUAUCUGCUAGCUCAUUAAGUGCAAAAUACAUGUAAGCACCCUGCCCCCAGGUGGAGACUUAACAUGCUAAUGAGGGAAAAUUGACCUCUUCUUCUGUCCAGGAGAAUCGAACCCUUGUCUAAAGAAAAUGCAUAGUCAUCCCCAAGCUCUGGAUGCCUGCUUGAAGGUUGAUCCUGAAUAUCCACGAUAGAUUUACAUUUCCUUGUCUGCUCUCUGUAAAAGCCCUCCUCCCCAAACCGCCUGCGAGCAGUCCUGGAGGCAGCAGCCCUAACUGUUCCUUUUCCUUGGCCAGCUAAAUAAAGGUGCUUUUCUGAUCUCCUACCACAGCCUCUUGUUUAUUGGCUAUGACAAGUCAUGCAAAGCAAAACCUGGGGUUUCCACCUGGCAACCUGAUGAGGCAAUGAGGCAAUUCUCAGGUGUUUACCUCAAGAAUGUAUGGGGUUUCUUCAUGGUCCCCAGACCUUCUUUUAGCCCAAGACUGGAACCAUUCCCAAAGCCAACUCUUCAGACAAGGAUCAGACUGGACUAUAAUAUAGAAAAUGAUACUGGUGAGGAGUGAGCUUCUUGGCUGAAGUAGACACAUGAGACUGUCGGUAGCUCCUGUUAGGAGGGAAGAUGACAAGGCAGAGGGGGACAGAAGCUGGCUGAAUGGACAGGGGGAAUACAGGGUGGAGACUCACUUGAUUUGUAUACUUUCACUUAUAAAAAAAAUUAAAAAUUUUUGAGGUUUCUAUUGGGGUAUGGGAGUCCUGCAUCCAAAUUUUAUCUUUGCUGUCGUCGUGUCUACAUGCUGCGUGUUAAUGACUGCCCUCACCCCUAGUUUGAGACACCACCUCUAUCUUUCACUUAAUCCCAGGGCAUUCAAAUAAACAAAAACACCAUUGAGUGGAUUUCAAC